AUUUGUUCUGACGUCACACGCAAAGACAAAUGCUUUUUAAAAUGUCGCUGCAAAUGGCAGCUAUCCGCUACUGGCGGACGGCGGAGUUCAGGCGGCUCCUGUCAUUACAGAGUAAGGUACCACAGUGUCCGACAUGGAGCAUGGAACCUGACACAAACACCCAGGAUGGUCACGUGUCCGCAGAGGUAAUUGAUCACCUAGAGCGUUUGGCAUUAGUUGACUUUCGCAACCAAGAAGGGGUAGAGCGCCUGGAGAGGGCAAUUCAGUUUGCCGGUCAGCUGCACAAUGUUAACACAGAAGGAGUCCAACCAUUAUCAUCUGUGUUAGAGGACAGAGCAUUGCACAUGAGAAGUGACACCGUCACAGCUGGGAACUGUACAGAACAUCUACUGGAAAAUGCGCAGACUGUUGUGGAAGAUUAUUUUGUAGCCCCUCCAGGAAACAUUCCUUUGCCACCACCAGACCAUAUGUACCACUCCUCCAGCGACAAUGGCGAUUGAUGACCCCCCCCGGAUCUGUAGCUUGCUAAAACAAAGAAUGCAGCACUAGGAAAACUCACUGUUUUAUUAGGACAGCUACAGAUGUUUAUUUUAUUCAACUGAAACACUUUCAUAAUAAAAGGAAACACAUACAAACUUGAUUGGGGAUUAAAAGUUAUUCCAAAUAAUAUCAUACUAACAAAUUGGUUGGAGUAGGUCAAUAUAGAAGACAACCAUGAACAUUCCCUUAUGUUUGUCUCAGCGCCAGAGCAUUCCACCUUGUUAUAUCCCGUAUACCUAUGACUCACUGCACACUUAUUCAAAACAUCAGAUUAGGCACAAUACUGUCUGUUGCCUGCUUAAAAUAUGACAGAAAUUAAACCAUAAAUGUCUGAUGCCAAUAGCACACAUCUCCUAAAAUGGAAAAAAAAAAAAAAAAAAGUAAUACGGGCAGAAAAUAAUGGUAUAAAAGACAUUUGAUGAAA